AUGGCCCUUCAAACUGUGAAUAAGGACAAAUCUUUGAAUCGCCAACAAAAGGUGCAGGUAAAGGAUGAGAUUCGAUCCGUAUAGGUCGAUGUUCACCUUGAAACUCAUAUUUUCAUUCGCUUUUUUUCUGAAAAUGAAACCGAGUAGAUAGCCACGACGACGUAGACAAAAAAGUUGAAGUUAUCAUUGAGGUGGCCAAGUUCUGAGGUCUCUAUGGUAGCCAGAUAAACCAAGGUGGAGUAAAAUAGAAAUGUCGUAAGUUGGGCGAAAAAUGUUGACCAAUAGAGUUGUCGGGUCAAGGGGAAGCUCCAGGUCUGAAAUUUUCCAUUGUUUUUUGUUCUAAACUUGGAGAACAAAAAUGGCAAAAGAAAAUCUGCACCAGGAGGAUCCGAACUUUGGCAUCAAAUCUUUCAGCCUAACGUGUUAUCCACUGAACCACGUAUUCGGUUUGCGUAACUUUCCUACUUUCUCAUAUCGCCAAGCUUCACAAACUUCCAUCCGCCUCGACAAAAACGGUUUUUUUCAUUUCUGAUGAAUGAGAGAAAACAGGGUUCAGACAGGCUAGACAGUUUUCAAGAAUGAAGUCAACUCGCAGGAAAUUACUUUUUAGAUGAAAGAAAAGGGUAAAAUCCCACCGUUUUGUCCACAACAGUGAAUUUCCUAUACAUAUAGGUAUAAAUAAUGCACAAGGGUACCGUUAGAAGUACUAAAAAUAAGUGAAGACAUACGGAAAUACAGUGGGCCAGCGGUUUAUCAGUGCAUAUAUUAGAAACCAUAGCAGCAAAUUCACAUCAGCAUUGAAAAAAAAGUUAGAAUAACUAAGAAAAAGUUAUAAUUUGCAAAGGAAAGGGCGUAAUUAUGGUUUUGAAAGAUGCCAAAUCGCAGAGAACUAGUAUAUUUUUUGCUUCGUGUGAAGUUGGAAGAUAGCCAAAUUUAUUGAUGAAGCUGAAAUGAAUACCGAAAAAGUUCAGACGAUAUUUUUUAAGGGGAAAGUACAGUAAAAGUCUUGAAAAAAGUCCGAAUGGUUUUUAAACCAAUGGGAACGGUUAAUUUUGUAUGCGGAAAAUGUGAGACUCGAAUUUUUUCGGCUAUUUUAUUUUUAAAGUCAAUAAUCUUGAAAAGCUUCUCAAUUUUAUCCCGAUUUCGUAACUUCAUAGAGCUUUUUUAAACCCAAAACUCAACUUGUUUGUUUGCCAAUGACUUGAGGGUACAGUCUGAGUUUGAACUUGGUAAAUAAUUUUUCAAGUUGACCUUUGCUUUUUUCAGAAGUUUUACUGACUCGGUUUGAUUAAGCAGUUUCAUAGUGGUAAAAAAAAACAUAAUAAAUCACUGAAAUCAGUAAAAAAAAAUUAAAGCCUAAUCCGAGUUCGGCUCAACUCAAUGCAUUUAUAAUCUAAAAAGAGAUAAAAAGCUUUCUGCGGUUUUUUUAAAAUAAAAAUAAACAUCCUUAAGUAAUUUUAUUCCUAGUUUCCGCGAAGAACCAUCUUUCUGCGCAGAAAAUGUAGGCUACACGCCAAACGAUGAUUUCUAUCUGCCUAGUUCAAACUCCCACCUGACUUUCUAUUUGUCUCUCUCCACCUCUUUCUCUCUUCGGUUUUCCCUCGAAACUCCUGCGACAGAUCAUUUUUCGACCUUCAUGUCUACCGCCGUUCAUACACUAGUGCUAUUUCUAGCCUUAAUAUUUUCAUUUUCUGAGGGAUAUAAAAUUCUGGUUUACAACAACCUGAUCGGCCACAGCCACGUGAAGUUUCUCUCGACAUUGGCCGACACUCUGACUGAUGCCGGACAUGACGUUGUGAGUCGAAAUAGAAGUAAAAAGAGAAGAACAAGUGAGAGAAAAAAAAAAUUUUGGAAAUUUAAAAUGCCGCCAAAAAGAUCAUAGGUGCGAUAGAGCGCACGUGCGCGAAAAAGUCUGAAAUUUUUCUCACUAUUUUUUAAAAUUUUAAAAUUUGCAAAUUCACGGCGUUCUUGUCAGUGAAAGAAAAUGCAGAAAAAAAAUACCAGGGGCGGGCGCCGUAAAUCGUACGGCAGCAGUAGUUUUGAUCUGUUCAGGACCCGUUUUUGGAUUACAAUACCCACCCUUUGAAGCUCUCGCAAGAUUUACGGAAAGAAUUAGUUGAAAAAAAGCAUUUUUUUUGCUUUUUUCUUUAUUAAUACUUCUUUUAACGUUUUUUCUAUGAGUAAAAGUUAUUAUCCAGUUCCUUUGGCGUAGUUUGAAACCAGUUUCGUGUAAAUUAGAGCCAAAUUGAAUUUACUGAUGCAGUUUGAAGAUUUUGUUAUAUGAAUCAUCUAAAUUAUAUUUUUUUUUCCAGUUGUUUCAUGGUUUUUCGGAUUUAAACAAAGAUUUCGCCAUACGAGGUUUUUUUUUGAAAAUUUCUGCUUCUUAUCCAUUAUUUGUUUUUCUGAAGCUAGGUUUUCAAGGUAUAUAAAAUGUUUCUUUUUUUCAUUUGCUCCUCGAAUUUUCCUCAUUUCAAUAUUUUUCGUAUUUACAAUUGCUUAUUCAAUUAGAGCUGAUUCACCUUCAUAAUAUUUUUUGUUUUCAUUUUGUAAUCAGUAAUUUAGAGUUUUCCCCUUCCGAAAUCGUUCCUAAAUUUUUUUUAACGCAAGUGAAUGUUUUUUUUCACAUCAUAAUCUUCAAACUGACAAGAUUUCGAACAUUUCAGAAGUUAUUAUCCUAAAAUUGCAAAUUCUAAAAUUGAAAAAAACAAUUUUGAGUAUGCGAUAGUGCGUCUCGGUGUGCUUACACCCUAAACAUCAUAAUUUACGAGAAGUCUUGACCUUGCGUAAUAAAAAAAACGCCGUGAAUUGGGUGCUACGACAAGAGCGAGUUUUCCAUUUGCGAGCGCGAGCAAUACUGUAUGCGGCAAAGCGCAUUGCGUGCAUGCACUCUGCGUGUUUACACUUUUGUGGCGUGACGUCAUCGCGCCGUACAUCUGCGGGUUUUUGCUUGCGGGUUUUUUUCGGGUUUUUGAAUUUUUUUCCGGCUUAUUUAUUUUUUUCGAAACAAAAAGAAAAACUUUUUUUAAUUGAUGAAAAACUCUGUUUGUCAAGGGGGCAGCUUAGGAAAAAUGUUUCUUUAUAGAUAGCUAUUAGGUCAACUCCACAAAUAUGGAAAAAAGAAGUAAGCUAAUAUUGAUAUUUCAAAGAGGAAAAAUAUCAAAAAAAUUGCAUCAUAACAAAUACCAGUAAUUGAAAUAAGUUAUAUCAAAAAAAUAAGAAAAAUAAGAAAAAUAACAAAUUUUACAGAACCAUCAUAUCAAACAAAAAGUCAUUUUCCCAGAAAAAUCUUCAAGAUAUUUUUGAAUGUACAUUGAGAGAUUUGAAGGGACUUGUCAGAAAUUUUACGAAAAUUGGUUUCUUGUACAAUGCCGGUGUUGAGGGUGGAGGAGCAGGGACAUCUUUUUUUCGCCAAAAACUUCCUUUGUGAUUUCUUGUUGCUUUAAAAUUGAGUCGAAAAACAAUGGCGUUAACAUAAUCGUCACUUUCCAUCCUGAAUUUCAUUCAUAGCACCACUUUUUUUCAUUUCAAAAAUCUGAACGAGAGAAAAAAAUAUGAGAAGAAGAAGAACACGAAGAUUUUUUUGAGGACAAAAAGGAGCCUUCUUAUAAGGUAAAAAGAAGUUUUCUUUUUUUGUUUCGAAAAAUAUUCGCACAAUCAAAACCAAAAAAAUCCAAAAAAUCCAAAAAAAUUCCGAAAAAAACAUUGAAAAAAAAAACCCGCAAGCAAAAAACCCGCAGAUGUACGGCGCGAUGACGUCACGCCACAAAAGUGUAAACACGCAGAGUGCAUGCACGCAAUGCGCUUUGCCGCAUACAGUACUGCUCGCAAAUGGAAAACUCGCUCUUGUCGUAGCACCGUGAAUUGCGUGCAAAAACUAUUCAGUAUCACGAAUUAAAUAUUAUUAUUAUCAAAAUAUUAUUAUAGUAUUUCAAAAAAUAAAUAGGUCCGCUUUUCCAAUUUUUAUGAUAGCAUAAUUUAAAGUCAUAAAAUUAUUAUUUCUUCCCAUAGUUUUUUUCUUUCGAUCCCAGUUUUUUUCAAGAUCCCUUUUUUUCCGCAAGUGGCGUCCAAAAAAAUGGAAGCAAAUAAUUGAAAUGACCUUUAACCGGUUUUUUUCCCACUUCAAACCUAAUUCGAACAGAUUUUCCGACAAAACUCCUUUUUUCUUAACAAGAUUAUAGUCUGCAGUGUUUAACUUUUUGAUUUCAGACCGUCUUUUUCUCGGUCAUCGACCACACAGACAACAAAACAGCUUUGAAGACCACGAAAAAGGUUGAAAUAUGAAUAAUAGAAAAGGCUAAAACUACUUCAAUAAAUUCAGACGAUCUUUGCCUCGCAAAAUGAGGACAUUUUGCCAAUUUUCCACAACAAGGAUUUGAAGUUGAAGGACUAUUGGACGAAGGAAAUGGGUCCAGUUACAAUGUUCAACGUAAAAAAUCAUUAUCAUUUUUUGAAGCUAAUUAAUUCCAGUUUUCAGAUGUUCAACGAGUUCAAGUAUGGGUUGUCGAAACAAUGCGAAAGUUAGUGAGAAUUAUUUGAAUGUUUGAGAUUAACUUCUCACCCUUCUUACUGUUAUAAUGCAUUGAAUUUAACACCAAUCGUGAUUUUUUUGGCCUAUAUUUCGAUUAUGAAGAGUUUUUUUGUACAAAAAAAUAAUAGGCUAAUUUGAAAAAAAGUCGAAAAAUAGUCAUUUCCAUUUUAUUAAAUAGAAAAAAAUGAGGGUUCCUGUAGGUCUGAGCUAGCAUGAUUCGUGAGUUUUUUAAAUUUUAUUUGCCUUUCAACUUCAAAAAUUGUCAGGAUUAUCGAAUAAAAAUUUUUCCAGGAGUUUUGACUGAUAAGCAGCUGCUGGACAGAAUCCGCGCCGAAAAGUUCGACAUAGCGGUUGGCGAACCAUUCUGCGAAUGCGCAUUUCGUCAGUUUUAUCCAAUUUUUUGAGUAUUUUCGAAGAAGUUAAAAUUCGUAAGUAGUUUCCAACUCAUUUAUCACCUUGUACUUUGAAAAGAACUGUUCCUUCUUUCCACGGUUUUUUUUGACGACGCCCGCACGGCGUUCCCAAACGGGGUGGCAAGACGUCAAAAAAUUUUGGCGCGAAAUUUGAAAUCUACAGUACUUCAGCCGAAGGCGAUCGAACAAACAAGUUAUUAACGUUGAAUACUCAGUUUAAUUUGUGGCGUAGAAUGACGUCAUUUUAUCCGUAGCGCGCACAAAAUUUUUUCUGUAAAUUUAGAAACUUUGACGCCUCGCUCACCUUCCCUCACCCCCAUUAGGAACGCCGUGGCCCGCCCAUAUUUUUCCGUAAGUGCAGUGUAUAGUGUGCAUACACUGCGGCGCUUCGCACAUGACGUGUUCAAACUAAUUCCGCUAAAAAUGGUCUCUGAAAUUCCGAAAUUCAGUUAUAUUUUUCUUCUUACAUUAACAAAAACGCGGUGUUUCAUAAAAGCUUCAAAAUUAAAUUUUUUCAGUUUUUUUCGAAGCGAUCCAAGUGCCCGACAUUUCGUCGCGGCCCUCUCUGCAACAACUUUCGAUCAUGUUUCGAAAGCUAUCGGGCAGCCCGCAGCUCCCAGUUAUGUCCCAGGUACUCCCAAAAAAAAUUUCUAAGAUCGUUGAAGGAUUUCAGGAACAACGUCGACUUACUCGGACAAAAUGA